CCGCCCUGGCCUUGCGCUGCGGGCCCUGCGCGCUCUCCAUGGCGGGCCCCGCGCCGGGGUGGCCGCUGUGGCCGCUGGCAGCGCUGGGCCUGCUCGUGGCGCUGGCUCCCGGGCUGCCCGCCGCCACCGGGGCCGGGCAGGCGCUGCGUCCCGCCGAGCGGGGACCCCCAGUGCGGCUCUUCACCGAGGAGGAGCUGGCUCGCUACGGCGGGGAGGAGGAAGAUGAGCCCAUCUACUUGGCAGUAAAGGGAGUGGUGUUUGAUGUCACUUCCGGAAGAGAGUUUUACGGGCGAGGAGCCCCCUACAAUGCCUUGACUGGCAAGGACUCCACCAGAGGGGUGGCCAAAAUGUCCCUGGAUCCUGCAGACCUCACCCAUGAUACCACCGGGCUCUCAGCCAAGGAGCUGGAAUCCCUGGAUGAUGUCUUUACCAAUGUGUACAAAGCCAAAUACCCCAUCGUUGGCUACACGGCCCGCAGAAUUCUCAAUGAGGACGGCAGCCCCAACCUGGACUUCAAGCCUGAAGACCAGCCCCAUUUUGACAUAAAGGAUGAAUUCUGAUGGUCCAUCUGCAAUGGGAGACUUGUGAAAGGAUGAGGCAGGGGCACAGACACUUAAGUCUCCUGCCUGAUAGGCUUUUAGAAGCCUCUCCGUCACCCAGAUCUGAAUAAAGCCUACAUUAAAUCGGGAA